GUUUUUGAAAGGAUUCUCUUUCAAAAUAUACAAUCCAUUGCUUGUCCAAGUCAUUCGGUUCGUGUAGAAUCGCAUGUCAGCAGCGCUGUGUUCAUCCUCAAAAUGGCCCUGUAUGGUACGCUGCCGCAAUGAGGUUGGGGGGAAGAGAGAGAAAAAGAUAGCAACUGACAAAUAAGGGGCAUCUGUGUGUUUUCAAUGAAAACAGCAAGCCACAAAUAGCGAGCUUCGAGUCGACUGGCUGUAGCAGUGUAUUACAUAAGGCAGCAUGCGGCGUGAUAGGCUUCUCAGCUGGCGGCACAAAAAGGCUUAGCAAAUGCUUCUCCCUCUUCCCUCCGGAGUGGGAGCACAGCUUGCCAUAUGAACCUGUGCCCACAUAAUCCAAGAGUCCCACUGAUGUGGAUCAUUUUGAAUGGAGGUCGAAUACCUUGGGUUGCUGGAUUAUCAGGGAGGAGACUGUGGUGACUGUGUGUGCGCAAGACGACAAAGAGAAUCCCCAUCAUAAUGGACACUGUUUAGGCAAAGAUUGUCUCUCUCCUUGGGGUUGGUAGCACAUCACCAGCAGGACCUGUCAGAAGAAGAAGAAUUAUUAGCCACUUUUACAUCCAGCACAGAGCGAACUUCUCCAGCCUUUGAGAUGCCUGUUGCUUCUACAAACUCUGAGACAGCCAUGCAGCAGGUCCUGGACAACCUCAGUGACCUCCCCAACUCUAUGGGAGCUGGAGAUCUGGAUCUCAUCUUUCUCCGUGGCCUCAUGGAGAGUCCAAUAGUAAGAUCAUUGGCUAAGGCUCAUGAGCGGCUGGAGGAGACAAAGCUGGAGGCCGUGAGGGACAACAAUUUGGAGCUGGUCCAGGAGAUCCUGAAAGACAUCACUCGCAUCGCUCAGCAAGACAGUACGGCAGCAGAACUGGCUCGCAUCCUCCAGGAACCUCACUUCCAGUCCCUUUUGGAAACUCACGAUUCUGUUGCCUCCAAGAGCUACGAGACUCCUCCACCCAGCCCCAUCCUGGACCCCAUGUUCAACAACCAGCCAGUGCCCCCAGAUGCUGUGCGCAUGGUGGGGAUUCGUAAGACUGCCGGAGAACACCUGGGUGUUACGUUCCGGGUGGAGCGUGGCGAGCUGGUCAUUGCACGCAUCCUGCAUGGUGGCAUGAUAGACCAGCAAGGGCUGCUGCAUGUGGGCGACAUCAUCAAGGAGGUGAAUGGGCAGGAAGUGGGCAGUGACCCUCGGGCGCUUCAGGAGGUGCUCAAAAAUGCCAGUGGAAGCGUCGUGCUCAAAAUCCUGCCCAGUUACCAGGAGCCACACCCACCACGCCAGGUUUUUGUGAAGGCCCACUUUGACUAUGACCCUGCCACUGACAACCUCAUCCCGUGUAAGGAGGCUGGGCUCAAGUUUGUGGCUGGAGACCUUCUUCAAAUUGUCAACCAGGAUGAUCCCAACUGGUGGCAGGCCUGCCAUGUUGAGGGAGGUAGUGCCGGACUGAUCCCAAGUCAGCUGCUGGAAGAGAAACGCAAGGCAUUUGUAAGGCGUGAUAUUGAACUCAUGCCAUCAUCAGGUGCCCUGUGUGGAAGCCUCAGUGGAAAAAAGAAGAAAAAGAUGAUGUACUUGACCACCAAAAAUGCAGAGUUUGACCGCCACGAGCUCCUCAUUUACGAAGAGGUGGCCCGCAUGCCUCCAUUUCGGAGGAAAACUUUGGUCCUCAUUGGUGCCCAAGGGGUGGGCCGACGCAGUCUUAAGAACAAGCUUAUCAUGUCUGAUCAGUCUCAGUAUGGAACCACCAUCCCGUACACUUCUCGGAGACCCAAAGAGCAAGAAAAGUCUGGGCUGGGCUACUGCUUUGUCACAAGGAGCGAGAUGGAAGCAGAUAUCAAAGGAGGCCGUUAUCUGGAACAUGGUGAAUAUGAGGGGAACCUCUAUGGCACCAAGAUUGACUCCAUCCAUGAAGUUGUUGAGUCGGGCAAGAUGUGCAUUUUGGAUGUCAACCCACAGGCGGUGAAGGUUUUGAGGACAGCUGAGUUUGUUCCCUACGUGGUGUUCAUUGAAGCACCAGAUUUCGAGACUCUGAAAGCCAUGAACAAGGCCGCUUUGGAGAGUGGUGUGGCUACCAAGCAACUCACAGAUGCUGACUUGAAGCGGACCGUUGAUGAGAGCUGCCGAAUCCAGCGAGGCUAUGGGUAUUACUUUGACCUCUGCUUGAUCAAUGACAACAUGGAGCGGACAUUCCAGCAACUGCAGGAAGCCUUGGAGAAGCUGCGUGGUGAACCACAGUGGGUUCCUGUUAGCUGGGUUUACUAGAGAGGCACGAUCCCUCUUCUACCUGCAGCUAAAAGUCUUGGCAUUCCUGUCAUUCCCACUUGGCCAAGGAAUCCAGAUUUCUUUUCUGCGCAUCCUGGCAAGUCUUCGACUUGUCAACUGCCCCUUCUUGCCACUAAGCCCACCUAGGUAGCCCAGGAAAUACAGGUGGAACUAAGCUGUCUGUCUCCAUUUCCAAAAGGAAGGUGCUUCCUCUCUCCAUUCCAAGACACCUCCAGACAACCAAGAACUCUUUUUCUACUCCCACCGAUGGGUCGAUGACCUCUCUCCCAAUUCUCUUCCCAGCCAUUGACAAUAAGAAGUCCUUUGAUGAAGAAUUCAGUCUAGCGAAUACAGUGUUUAUGGGGCAGGGCUCAGCGGGGUUACCAAAUACCCAUAAUGCCUUGCUAUGUCUGGUCCUCCUGAGCAUCUCGGUUACUAACUCCUCUACUGUCAAAAGGGGCAGGAAGACAGCAUUUCCACUGAUCACAGCUAACUCACUGCCAAAAACACUGCUUCAUAGAUGGACCACAGUGUUGUUAUUGCCAAAAGAACUGCCAGAGGGGGAGGUUCUUCCCACAGGGAACGCUGGAGAAAGUGGAGGGAUGGAGGGUGAAAAUAUACCUUUCCUUCCUUCAAAUUUGGUUGCUGCAAUAGCAUUGCAUGAUUUUGUGGGAUAUUAAAGGGAAACCAUGGACACUUCCAUGAAA